AUGGAUCUGAACCCCAAGUACGACAACUAUGAUUUCCCUAUCAAGGGUCCUGAGAAGCAGGAUGGCCAUGCUGGUUACCUCACAGAGGACCAGAUUGCCAAGCUUCACCAGUUCCGCAUGAUGCUCGAGUCCGAGGGCUGCACCGACCGAUUGGACACAUUGACUCUGCUUCGAUUCCUCCGAGCACGCAAGUUCGAUGUCGAGGCCUCAAAAACCAUGUUCUUGGAUACCGAGAAAUGGCGAAAGGAGACCAAGCUCGACGAGACUGUGCCUGUCUGGGACUACCCCGAGAAGGCUGAGAUCAACAAGUACUACACUCAGUUCUACCACAAGACCGACAAGGAUGGCCGACCCAUCUACAUCGAGACUCUUGGCGGUAUCGACCUGAACGCUAUGUACAAAAUCACCACCGCUGAGCGCAUGCUUACCAACCUUGCUGUCGAGUACGAGCGUGUCGCCGAUCCCCGUCUUCCCGCUUGCUCCCGCAAGGCUGGUCACCUCCUCGAGACAUGCUGCACUGUCAUGGACCUCAAGGGUGUCUCCAUCGGCAAGGUUCCUCAGGUUUACGCCUACGUCAAGCAGGCUUCCGUCAUCUCCCAGAACUACUACCCCGAGCGUCUCGGCAAGUUGUAUAUGAUCAACGCCCCUUGGGGUUUCUCCACUGUCUGGAGCAUCGUUAAGGGCUGGUUGGACCCCGUCACCGUUUCCAAGAUCAACAUUCUCGGAUCCGGAUACAAGAGCGAGCUCCUCAAGCAAAUUCCUGCCGAGAACCUCCCCAAGGCCUUCGGCGGUGAGUGCCAAUGUGAGGGUGGCUGUGAGAGCAGCGACGCUGGUCCUUGGCACGAGGCCGAGUUUGCCCGCCCUGCUUGGUGGGAGAAGAAGCAGGAUGCCAAUGUCAUUGAGAACAAGGGCUCUGAGAUUGAGGAGCCCGCAAAGGCCCCUGAGGCCGCUCCUGUUGCCGAUGGUGCUGACGCUACCCAGACAGCUCCUGCUCCCGCCCCUGCUGCUGCUUAA